UUAAAAAUAAUUAUUCAAAUUCAGGCAAUGUCUUUUGAUAAUGAAAAUUUGGCAACGCCUAUUAUAAAAUGGCUUGGAUUACAUUGUGCUGACUGGCAAAAAUAUAACAUUUCUAAAAACACCUUACUUCCACUUACUUCUGCGGAUAGAAAAAAGCUUAUCAAUUACUUCAACGUGAAUAUUUUCAAUAUGAAUGGAGGUACUCAAGUAUUAUUUUCUACCAUGAAAAAAAAAUAUUUGUCAAUCAAUUUAAAUAAUAUCGAUUAUAGGGACAAAAUCUGUCGAAUGUUAUAUAUGGCAAAGAAGGCUGAAAUGCAAAGUUUGUGCGAGAAUGGUGAUAUAAUAAAUUAUUUAAUAAUGAAAUUUGAAAAUCUUGAUUCUUGGUUGUAA